CGUAUCAGGUUCCUUGGGUCGUCAAAUAGUACCAGAAAUCGAAGCAUGGCCACAACUGGAAGCAAUUUAUGUAUUUUGUGGUAACCAAUCCGUUCAUGAACAAUGGGCUAAAAAAAUAAGCAAGAUUAAGGGUGUCUAUACUAAAAUAGAACCAAUUUGUCAAGCACUUGAAAUCGAUCGACAACGAUGUGAUCAAGCUAUGAUCCCGAUCAGCUUUAAUGGACUUGAUCCAUUAUUUAUGUAUACACAAUUGUUAAAGGAAGCACUCUUGGAGAUCGAAGAUGAUGAUAAAAAAUCCAUCAAAGACUUGACUGAUUAUUGUCGUGAACAAGAUGAUAUUUCUGAAGAUCAAAUUAAACUUGUUGAACGUGAAUAUCGUGCUCAUACACCAAUAUGGUGGUAUACGGCGGAGACAUUUAUUUAUCCCAUGCUCAAUCGUGGACUCCGAGAAAUGGAUGUCAAUAUUAUCCUGAAAAUGGGCUUUUUCAUCCGACAUCUACAUCAGCAUAUUACCGAAUUACAUGGCGAACAAAAAGGCAGCAUGCCAACAAAUUUUCAAGUCUUCCGUGGACAAGGUUUGUCCAUGGAAGAUUUUGAAAAAAUGAAAAAAACUAAAGGAGGACUUAUGUCCUUUAAUAAUUUCCUGUCGACAAGUCGCAAUCGUGAGAUAUCUUUCAAAAACUUUGCACGACCAGCAGCAUUAAAUACAAAUUCAGUUGGCAUCCUCUUUAUUAUGAACAUUGACACGGCUAUUUGCUCGAAAUCAUCAACACCAUUUGCUGAAGUAAGCAAAGUGGGCUACUACAAAGAUAAAGAGGAAGAAAUACUAUUUUCAACACAUGCGAUUUUUCGUAUCGAUCGCAUUGAACAAAUUCACGAUAAUCACUGUGAUCGGGUAUACGAAGUUAAUCUCACUAUUGUCGGUAAUGACAAUCACGAAUUGAGCACACUUACAGCACACAUACGUAAGGAUCUUCGUGGUCGCAUAGGGUGGUCUCAACUUGGUCUCAUACUUAUUAAAUUGGGCGAACCUGCAAAAGCAGAACAACUCUAUCAAAUUCUCCUCGCAAAGGCGUCUUCUGAUCAAGGUCGAGCGGAAUACAAUCAUCAACUUGGCUGGGUGUAUUAUAACAUGGGAGAGUAUUCAAAAGCACUUUCAUAUUACGAAAAAUCACUGGAUAUCUACAAGAAAAUUCUCUCUCCAAAUGAUCUCAGUUUGGCUUGGUCCUACAACAACAUCGGCUUGGUGUAUGAUAACAUGGGCGAGUACUCAAAAGCACUUUCAUCGUAUGAACGAUCACUUGAAAUCAAGAAAAUAGCUCUCCCUCCAAAUCAUCCCGACUUGGCUUCUUCCUACAACAACGUCGGAUUGGUGUAUGAUAACAUGGGCGAGUACUCAAAAGCACUUUCAUCGUAUGAACGAUCACUUGAAAUCCGUAAAAUAGCUCUCCCUCCGAAUCAUCCCGACUUGGCUGCUUCCUACCUCAACAUCGGUUCCGUGUAUUAUAGCAUGGGCGAGUACUCGAAAGCACUUUCAUCGUAUGAACGAUCACUUGAAAUCCGUAAAAUAGCUCUCCCUCCGAAUCAUCCCGACUUCGCUCAAUCUUACAACAACAUCGGGUUGGUGUAUAAUAACAUGGGCGAGUACUCAAAAGCACUUUCAUCGCACGAACGAUCACUUGAAAUCCGUAAAAUAGCUCUCCCUCCGAAUCAUCCCGACUUGGCUCAAUCUUACAACAACAUCGGGUUGGUGUAUAAAAACAUGGGCGAGUACGCAAAAGCGCUUUCAUAUUAUGAAAAAGAUCUUGAGAUUACCAAAAAAGCUCUCCCUCCGAAUCAUCCCGACUUCGCUCAAUCUUACAACAACAUCGGGUUGGUGUAUUAUAACAUGGGCGAGUACUCGAAAGCACUUUCAUCGUAUGAACGAUCACUUGAAAUCCGUAAAAUAGCUCUACCUCCGAAUCAUCCCGACUUGGCUCAAUCUUACAACAACAUCGGGUUGGUGUAUAAUAACAUGGGCGAGUACGCAAAAGCACUCUCAUUUCUGCAAAAAGGACUUGAGAUACGACAGAAAUCACUUCCGUCCAAUCAUUCCGACAUUGCGCAGUCAAAAAGAAGCAUUGAAAAUGUAAAAAGGAAAAUGUAAUUGUUUUUUUUCGAUCUUAAGGAGAAAAUAAACUGGCCAUCUUGUAAUCUAAGCUCGCAGAAGCAAGCAGUUGCAAAAUUUCGCGCGCGCGCGACCAGAGAUACCCUCCGUAUUCUGCUGGCUCGUACAGUGGACAAAGCCGGCAAUGGUUAGGCAAACAUACAUUGAUGUACGUAUGAAUAGUACAACCAUGAUCAUCAUCUUCGAAAAGACGGUGACGAAAUGGACGCUUCUAUUCAUACAUACAUUGAUGUAUGCUAUGAAGGCCUACCAUCUGCACGGGUCACCAACAGAACGUCGGAUAUCCCUGGGAAGGUUGAUUUGUUUUAGAGCCACCUCAAAAGCUCCAUUAGUUAGAAAAUUAUUUUUAUUCUUCUGUUACGAAGAACAAGAAGAAGUAGAAACGGAAGACAGAGAAGGUAUGAAAACGGAAAGACGCGAUAAAAGACGACGUCGACGUUACGCACUGAUGAUACACAGCGCAUGAUAACAACCGGUGUUUGUCAAGCAAUAAAAUAUUACGUGCACGAUAUAUUUGUCGUCUUUAAACAUUUCAUGUUCAAUUCGUUUGUGUUUUCCGUCUCGAAUGUGUAAGGAUAACUUGCAUGUCGUGCACUUACCAUUGUAGGAAACGAACGAUGAUUGAAUGAAACGGCGGAUAAAAACAAUACAUUCACCGUCAAUUUGAGAGAUAACUCAUACACUGCAUAUAUUAAAAUACAGAUAAAGAAUAAAAAAAAGAGAAAAUUUUAAAUAUACAUAUUUUUUUUCAUUUUAUUAUGAUAUGUGAUGGUUACAUUAACAUUGAUGCGCAAAAAAAAGAUGGCAUUUUUCACAGCACCUCUUUUUAAAUCUAAGACAAAAAUAUACUAUUCCAUGUGUCGUCAUUUAGUCUAUGAAAGAGUGAACACUGCAUCUUUCUACCUUAUUACUAUGAAAAGUUAUUCAAAAGAUACUCAUUAGUCUUUCGGUUUUAAAUGAGCAUUAAUAUAAAUAUCUCAUAGGAAAAUAGAGUUCAUUUUACUAUCACUCCAGAUAAAAAAGAAAGUUUCCUCUAGAUUACUAUGCACUAUUAGAAUUCCUCGUGUAGAAUAAAUAUUUUUCUUUACAUAUUCAUAAAAUAAUUCUUAAUUGAGACAAAUAUUUAGAAUUAUUUUAAAUUGCUAUUUCAUCUUAAAGUACUUUUUAUUAGAAGAAAAAUGGCUGUGGAAAUUGUUUAUAUUUACUCUUCGAUUGAUAAAAAUCUGUUCCAUAUAAUAUCUAUUUUCUACGAAAUAUAAUUAACAAAUUUCGUAGUUAUUUUAUGUAAAUAAUUAAAUUUUCAUUUCCAAGAAAAAUACUUUUCUUUUAAACUUGAACAAACUUUUAAACAAAAUCUAUAUUUUUUUUUCGAAAACGAUUAAUAAGUGGAUGAUGUUAAUAAAAUAAAAAUCUUUUCACGUAUAUCUCUAACAUUAAUAGAUUGAUUCAGAAAAAAAAGAUGUUCAAUUUUCCUCUACUUUUAUUUAGAAUUAC